UAUGGGGUCGUUGCUGAGUGGAUUAGGUCAGAGGUUAGCGUCUGCAGCAUGAUGGCGGUCUAGACAAAUUUUCUCUCUCAACAACAACGGAAAAAACCCACCGCUCACCCGCAAAAUCAUCACGUUAUCUCUCCAAAAUGGCAGCGUACCAUUGCUGGAACAAUACAACACCUGUGGAUCAGGUGCAAGGGUGCAAGCGCCAGCACGAGUAUGCCUUCUCCGUCCAAGAAGACGUAGACCUGGAGUCCGUCAACCCCAAGCGAGCCUGCCAGGGUCUCCUGUCCCUGUUUGACCCGGAUGACACAUCCAUGGAAACAGACAUGCAACCAGUGACGUGGGACAAUCAGCCAGACAACCAACCACUCAACCAAACAAACGUAGACUCUAGUAACCCCACGCCUCUGGACGCCAACCAGAAUGGUGCUAUCACUCCUGAUCAGGAUGUUGCAGUAGAGAUGGAGGAAGGCCCCACCCCGAAACAAACGCCGCCCCACCGCUUCUUCGUGUCCGGUAACUCCUAUCUGUCACCUGUGCUGCAGCCAACCACUCCGCAGCAGGCCUGCGGACCUUCCAUCGGCGAGAUGACCCAUCCCUGCAAGGUACCGCACUUCUUCUAGACUGCGCCUGCUCCCCAAACCUUCGUCGGCCAGGGCUUCCUCCCGCUCCCGUACCACAGCUCCACAUGUGUGCGUUGUCUGUCCGGGUCCGCUGGCCACAUCAACCACCUUGACCUUUACCACUGAGGUGACCUCCAGCACGACCCCCGACCUUUGCCACCUUGAAUGACCCUUGACCUGUAUCACUCAACUAACAUGACUAUUGCACCAAUCUUUUUCUUCAAUUUAGAUGUCGCCUCUUCCUCAUAUCCAUGGCUACCUGAACCGCAGCCCGACCUACAACUCGCGCUGUCUACGCUGCACGGCUGGGGAGGGCGGACACUUUAACCAUAUAGACGUGUACCCCUGGGAGCCAUACUAAUGAUGGACAUAUGUAAUAUUUACAUAGCUGUAUGUCAAGAUUUAUCUUUCACAUAUCCACUCCGAUUUGUGUUGUUAAAUUUGGAAGGUACUGUACAAAUGUAUGUAAGGGUGCAGAAUUAGACUGCAGGAAAAGUGAUUGGUGGAUUAAUCUUGGGGCUACGGUCUUCUCAAUCGUUGCACUAUAUUUAGAGAUUGGGUGAUAUUUGCAUUGCAGGUCCCCAAGCCCUUUAAAAUGUGAUGGAGUAGAUCUCCUCUGCAACCUUUUGGCAAUCAACAAAUAUGACCAAAGCUCUUUAGCGCUGUGACAUGGGCUUCAGAAGAGAAUGUAGAAGCAUUGUGAAAGGCUACUGCUAGUGUCACAUAACCUUGCCAAACCAUCUCAGCUGUAGUUUCCCAAAACAGUUUCCCAAAUCUUGUUGCCCAUUGUAGUCACACCACAGUUUGGUCUAAACUCUGUCAAUCUGGAGUCCAAAAUUUGUAAGUGUUGGAUAUCAUAAAGCAUUGCUGGCUGACACUGACAGAGGCUUGGUGGCCUAGUGUUGGCCUAAUGCCAAUAGUAAACUGAGCGUGGGCCAUUGGGACAAGUUUGGUCUCUCCCACUGCCAAAUGGCAGUUGAAACCUUGCCAGGAUUGUACUUAACUAUCACUUGUGUGUGUUUCAACCAUUUCUAUAUACAGAACAUCUGUAUUUUUAAGUGAGGAAUGUCAUACAGAAAAAUGCUUUUUGCUGAACGUGUUUCUCUGCCCACCUUUUGUACAUUUUUUACUUUGGGUACUGAAAAGUAUUUUGUUAGAUCCAGGUGACUGUCUUUUAUAUAGUUAUCACACUUGAUGUAUUUAUAUUAUUAUUGUUACCACUGACAAUAGACCUACCCAUUACACACUUGUUAGGGUUAACCCAGGGAAAUCCACUGGAGAAAUUGAAGAAAAAACAGUUGUCACCUUUUCUAGAAGUUUCCCU